UUUUGGGUAAAAAUAAAAUCACGGUGAAGAAUGCUGGCAUCGGUUGCUGUAAAUCUGAGAUCAGCAGCUUCCAGAGCCUUGUCAAACUCUACUUUCUCACUCGUACGGACCCUCCCUCCUCCUUCGCUCUCUCGGUUCUCGGUUCGAUCCAUGGCGGAUUCUGCUGCCCCGUUCAAGAAAGUCCAAAUCCAGAGAGACGAUACUGCAUUUGAUGCAUAUGUUGUUGGCAAAGAAGGUGCUCCUGGGAUUGUCGUAGUUCAAGAGUGGUGGGGUGUAGAUUUUGAAAUAAAGAACCAUGCUGUCAAAAUUUCUGAACUUGCUCCUGGAUUCAAAGCACUUAUCCCUGACUUGUAUCGGGGAAAGGUUGGUUUGGAUGUUGCAGAAGCACAACAUUUGAUGGAAGGUCUUGACUGGCAAGGUGCGGUAAAGGAUAUCCAGGCUUCAGUUAAUUGGCUGAAAGCAAAUGGUUCAAAGAAGGUUGGAGUUACUGGAUUCUGCAUGGGAGGUGCUCUCUCAAUUGCAAGUUCUGUUUUGGUCCCUGAGGUCGAUGCUGUUGUUGCAUUUUAUGGAAUACCAUCAUCAGAGCUUGCAGACCCUGCAAAAGCUAAGGCUCCUAUUCAGGCUCAUUUUGGAGAGCUUGAUAGUUUUGUUGGCUUUUCAGAUGUCACGGCUGCCAAGUCUUUGGAGGAGAAGCUGAAAGCAUCAGGAGUCCCAUAUGAGGUGCUCCUGUAUCCAGGCAAUGCCCAUGCUUUCAUGAAUAGGUCUGAAGACGGUAUCAAGCGCAGGAAAGGCAUGGGAAUGCCUGAUGAGGAUGAAGCGGCAGUUCAGCUCGCUUGGUCUCGCUUCCAGUCAUGGAUGACCCGCCAUUUGUCUGCUUAAGCGUAAUAGUGUUAUAUGCUACUCACCGUUUGCUAGCAAGUCCGAUCCAUCAGUUGGGUGUUUUAUCGAGACUUAAGGACUUUAAGUUGUGUGCUUCUUGUAAUUACCUAACUCUUCGGUUUGCCUGGCAAUACUAUCACAGUAUCAUCUUUUUA